AUGUCCUCCAAUGCGCCGAGGCCCUACAGCAAGCUCCGCGAUAACGCUUCCGAGACCGCCGUCCUGGUUCACAAGCUCAAGACGGCGUUAAAGACCCUCUUGAACGAUCGCGACCACCGGCGUAGGUUCACUGGCGUCGUCCUUGUCAAGGCCGUCGUCGAUGUCGGUGGGUGGGAGACACUUCGCAGCUCUGAGCCGUGGGUUCGCGGCCUCAUCGCCGUGCUUCAGAAGAAGGAUCCCAUCGGGUCCAAAGAGCUUGCCGUGGUGGCCCUCACGAGGAUAUACAGCCAGCUCCACGGGUACCAGACACUUGUGAGGGAGAUAGCCACACCUACGAUUCCCGGAUUCAUCACCGCGUGCCUGCAGCUCCUGAAAUCCUCUGCCCCCGGCCAACCCCUUCGCGCCCCCGUCGCCGUCGUGGAGACAAUCAUCGGUGCUCUCGCCACCGUCAUCCCGCUGUACCCAACCACUUCCCGCCCAGUGGAGCGCCCUGCUUUCCGGAACGGUAAAGCACUUUCACGCCACGGCCGACCAAAUAUUCCGCGCCGUCAAGGAAACGUGGAGCCGCCGCCUGGUUAUGUCGCUUCCAAGGUCGUCCUCGGCGAAGCGCCGCGGGGCGGUGGCGAUUCGGCCGAUAUGCUGCCAGCCUGGGUGGGCGUUGGCCCCGGAAGCCAGCGCCUCAUCGGCCUCCUUGGCUUCAUGGCCGAGUUCAUCCUCCAGCCCACCAAAAGCCCCAUAUCCAUCCCCGUUGGCGUUCUCGUCGACGCGGUAUCUCGUGUCGCCCAGAUCGCGAGGCACUCGCCCAAGUCACAAACGUGGGAGCAGGCUCGAGACGAACCCGGCCGUUUCCAGGGAUGA